GUCCUUCUCCUCCCUCAUUCUCUUGUCACGGUGUUUUUCUGGAGGUGGAAGGGGGGGGGGUCCCGUUUUCUUUCGCCUCCUUCACCGAAAACAAAUGCUAUGUUUCCGACACAGGGGACACAGGUCUUCGUGUUGCGCCGCUGCUCAUCCGACCCCGGCGACUUUUCACUCGGCGCCACAGCGCUUUCAUCCAAACCGAAUGAGAGGAGCUAAGGGCGGACGGGACUGAGAGGAAGAGCCGGAGAGUGACUGGGAGGCUGCACAUCCGCCGCUUUCUUCAAUACAACCGCAGCUUGCCAUUGAUUUAUUUCCCGAGGCCCCGGGCAUCUCUCGGUGUCUCGAAAUGUUACCUCAGACGGUUCCUGGUUCGGUUUUCGGGACAGUUUCUCCGAGGGGACCAUCGGUUUGACCCUGGUCACCCAGAAAAAAUAUAUUAGCUUGCUAACAGGAAAACACAAACUGUCCCUUUUUCUGAACUCCGCCUGUGGUGGUCGCAGGGACACAGAGAGCCCAGGGCUGUGUUUCCUCUUAUUAACCCUUAGCACUUGCCGCUCUGGUUGUGUUUUCUUUCCUUUCUCACCAGAGGACGAUGCGGGUAGAAGUAAACUGGUGACCUCCGGGACUGUUUGGUUAAAGAUUCAGCCGGUGUCCACCGAAAUGGUACGAUAGGCGUCUGGGAGGGAUUUUGCUCACAAUGAGGAUUGUAUGAGAAGUGAGGCUGGUUUUUUUUUUUCUGAUACAGUCUUGUGUGAGUGAUAACCAGGCUGAGGCCGGGGGUGCUUUUUAACCCAGUGUGAACAUAAACCCAAAGCCUACUUAUUUUCUUCUCUGGACGGCGGAGCGCACUCAGGGACGAAAAUGUCUUUACGCACGGCACUGCCUGGGAACGAGCGGAACCCGGACCAUCAUACCUCUCUGUCGGCCAGCCGCUCAGAGAAGGGCUCCGUCUGGUCAAGCCGCUCGCUUGGUGCCCGAUGUCGUAACUCCAUUGCCUCGUGUUCAGAUGAGCAACCGCACAUCGGGAACUACCGACUGCUCAAAACCAUCGGAAAGGGCAACUUUGCCAAGGUCAAACUGGCACGGCACAUAUUGACUGGCAGAGAGGUUGCAAUAAAGAUCAUAGAUAAAACACAGCUCAACCCAUCCAGCCUACAGAAGCUGUUUCGAGAGGUACGCAUCAUGAAAAAUCUCAACCAUCCCAACAUAGUGCAGUUGUUUGAGGUGCUUGAGACGGAGAAGACUCUUUACCUGAUUAUGGAGUACGCCAGUGGAGGCGAAGUGUUCGACUACCUCGUGGCUCACGGCAGGAUGAAGGAGAAAGAGGCCAGAGCCAAGUUCAGACAGAUUGUAUCAGCGGUGCACUACUGUCAUCAGAAGAACAUUGUUCACAGAGACUUGAAGGCAGAGAACCUGCUGCUAGACGCGGACUCCAACAUCAAAAUAGCCGACUUUGGCUUCAGCAAUGAGUUCACUGCGGGCAGUAAACUGGACACGUUCUGCGGUUCCCCUCCCUACGCCGCCCCAGAGCUCUUUCAGGGCAAGAAGUAUAAUGGUCCAGAGGUGGACAUCUGGAGCCUGGGUGUCAUCUUGUACACGAUGGUCAGUGGGUCGUUACCAUUUGACGGACAGAACCUAAAGGAGCUGCGGGAGCGCGUUUUGAGGGGGAAAUAUCGUGUGCCCUUCUACAUGUCUACAGACUGUGAGGGAAUCCUGCGCCGCUUCCUGGUUCUCAACCCCACCAAGCGCUGCUCGCUGGAGCAAAUAAUGAAAGAUAAAUGGAUCAACGUCGGCUUUGAUGGCGAGGAGCUGAAGCCGCACACAGAGCCUGUCGAGGACUUUAAUGAUACCAGUCGGAUCGAUGUGAUGGUUGGGAUGGGCUACACCAGAGAAGAGAUCAGAGACUCUCUGGUCAGUCAGAAAUACAAUGAGAUCACCGCCACAUACCUGCUGCUGGGAUGCAAGAAUGAGACGGAUGGCAACGAGUCCCGGUCGGGCAGCAGUCUGAGCCUGGCUCGAGUCCGGCCCAGCACCAUCACCAACGGAACCAGCAAACACUCAACUCCCUCAUCUGCCUCUGGUGCACCUUCUUCCUCCUCUGGCCACAAGGCGCAGAGAAGCGCCUCAACGUACCACCGCCAGAGACGACAUUCGGACUUCUGUGGUCCAGCGGUUCCCGGAUCAGCGCACCCCAAACGGAGCCCCAGCGGUGUAGGUGAAGGGACGGGGCUUAAAGAGGAGCGGCUGUCAGUCCGCAAGCCGAGCACCAAUACUGUCGGUUCCCGUAGCAUCCCGACCCCCUCCAGUCCCAUGGUCAGCUCCGCUCACAACCCAAAUAAAGCGGAGAUACCUGAUCGGCGCAAGGAAGUUAACUCAGCCACAAACAACAUCCCCGCUAGUGCCAUGACUCGAAGAAACACGUAUGUGUGCACAGACCGAUCCAGCACUGAUAGACACCCGCUCCUGCAAAAUGGCAAGGAAAACAGUACUUUAUCCCACCGCCUUCCCCCUGCCUCCCCCUCCUCCAACAGCAUUGCUGGCGCCUCUGGGGCGUCCUCGUCGUCCUCCACGCCCUCCUCCCGUCUCUCCAGGGGAUCGACGGUGAGGAGCACUUUCCACGGAGGGCAGAUUAGAGACCGUCGGCCUCUCUCCCAUGCUCCCCCAUCGUCCCCCACGCCAUCCCACGAUGCCAGCCCAAUGCCCCACGCCAGGACCCGGGCCACAAGCAACCUGCUGAGCAAACUCACCUCCAAGUUGACCCGCAGGGUCACAGACGAACCUGAGAGAAUCAGCAGAUCUCCGGUCACAAGUCGCCAUCUAUCUGGGCAUCAGAAAGCGGCCGAGCCCCGGACCCCCCGAUGCGGCUGGGAUGUGAGGGUGCGGAGCCCUCGUGACCCGGCCGAGGUAGUGCUAGCGCUGCGCGAGGCAGCGCAGGGCUGCGGCUGCCAGGUCCACCUGGCCGGGCCUUUCCUCCUGUCCUGCACCCACGGAGCGGCUGGUGCCCGGGUGGCUUUCGAGGCCGAGGUCUGCCAGCUGCCCAGCGGGCUGGGCCAGAGCAGCGGUGUGAGGUUCAAGCGCCUGUGGGGGGCACCGCUAGCCUUUAGAGACAUCGCCACCAAAGUGUCCAAGGAGUUGGAGCUCUGAGGGUGACAGGAGGCGAGGGAGAGUGAUGAUGGGCAGGACAGGUUGAUGAAUGAGGAGGGAUGAGGAGGAGGAACAUCGAGGCAGACAUCAUCGCCUCCUCCUCUUCCUCCCUGUGCUCCAUCUCAUCUGAUGCAGCUAGCGAUGCCUCGCCUCCACCAAAGACCCUCUUCCUCUGAUGCCACCAAUCACAGCCAGACAGACGGACGCACAGACACAGAUAGGUCAUCAUAAGUCUGCCGAUGGCAGACUUAUGAUGACCCUUGACCUUGGAGCUGUCAUUGACCCACAACCCCUGCUUGAAACACACCACCACCUCCAUAUUAUGUGAGCUCGUGGAGUCAGACUGUUAUUUUGUGUUUGAUAAUUUCAUAUUUGAUGAUGAUGAGGAUGGUGUUGCUGAGAAUGAUGAAGACUGAUAAGUUGUUGUUGUUGACAUUGUCCCUCCUAUUGUACCAUAUUUGUCAUCAUUCCUUUUUAAAGAGCUGCUAUUUAAAGAAAUGUUUUUAUUUUCUGUUUAUUAAGUUUAUUUUCUUUCUUUAAUGCUUUUUAAAUGGGCAGAAGCAGACGUCACAUAUUGAAGGAGUGAGGGCGCAGUCUGACCUCUGACCUCUGACCUCCGGCCUCCGGAGACAUGCAGAAAAGCAGAGACUUGUGACAGACUGAAUGAAGCACCAUGGCCUCUCUGGCCAUCCACUGACAAAGCCCGUUUUACUGCUCAGUUGGGAUUUUGAUGUUUCCUGUCACCGGUGUCUCCGGUGAUGUUGUCCUCUCUGCCAGUUGUCCACACUGUACUGGUACCUGGCAGGUGAGCUGCUUACAGACAAGCAAAGCUGCCUAUAAUACCUGAGCCGUGGUGAAAUGUUGUACUCAGUAACUCGAUCGUUUGAGCUCAGGCUCUCCUCCUUACAAAAUACUCAGCUUCGACCAAUCAGUGUUUUCUUCCUUUCUACCUUUCGAGCAAAUUUCCUUUCCACAAAGAGAAAAUUGGCUUUGUGUUUGAUUUCUGAGUUUUUAACCUGGAGCUGGACGUGUGCAAGCAAAAAGAGCCACCUUACAUCAUCAUACCUAAAAAUAAAAUAAAGUCUCCUCACAGCCAGUGGAGUUUAUUUACAUUAGAUCUUAUUUAAUUAAUAUCAGCUCAAGUACAUGAAGUCAAAUUAUCAUUUAGCUAAUCUGCUUUUUUUUCCAGCACAUAUCGAAUGUUUUCAUUCAUCUGUGCCACAAAUACUUAAAAAUCAAAGUUUAUCAGCUGAUACAACUGGUACGUUUGAUUACUGCUCAAAUUUCAUGAUGGCAACGUAACAACUUAACACAGUGUGACAGAGAAAGAAAAACUAAUUUUCACUCACGUUCCCACGAGGCAGAUGCAGACAAAACAAUGAAAACCUGAGCCAACAGGAAGAAAAAUACUUUCUUCUUUUCUCUUUUUUUAAACAGCACCUUCACGUUUGUUCUUCAUCUUCAUUUUCCCCACACGCGAUCACUGCAGCUCGUGCUGGUUUAUAGAAAACGCAGGGUUUUAGUGACAUGCAGUUAUUCUGGUAGCACUUUGACAUGACUUUACUGUUUCACCUGUCGGGAUGCCAUCACCAUCUCUUUGCUCAGGUGUAGUGCAAUGCAGCCACAAAGCCAAGAGUUGAGACUUGAAAAAGCAUUGAUGAAGAUUUCAUAGGGCUCCUUGUUUGGUUUAUUUUUUUCAUUUUUGAUAACAUUGUACUGUUCCGGCAGAGUUUUUAAUUAAUCUGUAUUUUUCUUUUAUUAAAUUGUUUUUGUUUUUUUUUUAAAUCACAUCGUUUCACAUAUUUAACAGAAGUGAAUAACUGACACUGAACGCCUUCCUUUCCUCUGUGUACAUGCACCUCACAACAACGGCAUCAUUCACGUUCCAGCCGGAGUCACGACUCACUGCUUUCUGUUUUCUUUCGUCCACACGUCGCAUUUGUUUUGUGUUUUUUAACCCCAGCGACACUUUUGAUAUAUAAACUGUAGAUUGUUUCCCUCUGUCGACCAAUCAGGCUGCAACACUGAUGAGAGGUCUACGACUGUUGACCAAUCAGAUCCCAUCAUUGCUGUAAGCGGUGUACGACUGUUAUCUAAUCAGACUGCUGCCUCUUCCGGCCGGUGUGUAAUUGAAGCGCGUGCAGUGAUGAGGCAGCGGUUUAAAGACCAGAAUGUGACUUUGAAUGAGCUUUAAAGAAUUUGGUUCUUAAGUUUUUGUUUUGUUUUUAGAAACACAAUUUGUUGCUCAUCACAUAACAAACCAACCAAGAUUCAGCUAAAACGCACAGAGUCCACCAAGUGCUACAUCCGUCAUGUGCUGCUGCAUCGACACUGACGACUCCAAAAUCAAAAGGUUGUUGUGCUCGUAUUGUGACUCUUUAAGGCCAAGCAGUUCUAACAUGUUCUUUCAAAGUAUGCAGCAUCUAACAAAACACCGAUACGCAAACGGAAAAAGUUGGAUGUUACGGCAGAUUUGUGACCCUUACGGCUGUAAGGUCCUCGUGUUUACCUGUCCCAUGGGAGAUUUCAGCCGCAGCACGUGUCCAAUCACUGUCUGAAAAUGUGAAGCUGUGACUUAGGGCUACUUUUUGCAAGUUGUUUGUUUUUUUUUUUUGUGUACAACUGGGCCUCACUCUCUGAACCUGUUCUAUAGAUACAGUUAGGGCCACGCUUUAAGGCUACAGUUGUGUUGUAUAGUGUGUUUGAAGCUGUCGCUGUUAUCAACAAAACUUAACUUAUGGGCUGAAAUUACAGAAAUGAUCGACCUGCAAUCCUGCAUGUCUCCUAGGAAAUAAUGUGUGACACAGAAAUAAAGACUUUCAACCUCUUUCAUAUUUUUUGUCAGUUUUUGUUCUCAGUGAUAGAUUUAAUGUCUUUAAUGUGGCGUCC